GCUCUGAGUGACCGUUUACAAACACGUGUUUCUGCGCGAGCCCUCUCAACGGUUAUUAUUUUUUAAUUUAUUUGAAUCUAAACGGACUAACUGCCGUCUCUCGCGACUAAACGACGGUUAGUUAACCGUUGGGAACCGUUUCUUUGUUGUUGUUUGCCAACCAGGGUUGUGCCCGACCGACUGACCGACUGGUUGACCGACUGGUCUACUGACUGGGCAGACUGGACUUUGAGACCCAACUUCUCCCACUGUGCUAACGAGUUAGCUUAGCAUAACCCCAGUGCAGCUCAGUCUGCUUUCUCGGUCGCCGCAGCAACUUCUACAAAAAAAAAGAAAAAAGAAAAAGGAAGACUGUCAACUUAACAUCCGCUCUCUCUGCGUUGCUUCGACGCGUCUUCGUAGAAGGAAGCGGACAAGACAUGUGCACCGACGGAUGAAACGGCGGCGACAUUGCGUGCAAAUGUUUAGAGGCAAUAGGCCGGGAAGGAAAGCUUAAGCAUAAGGCUUUUGAAUACCCAAAUAAAAUAGAUAUAGUGCGUGUGGAAGAGCCUUAUGGCGGAGUUAGAGGAGGACGGUAAUGCGCCUCCAUUGAAUCUCGGGGAAACGGUCGACGACAAGACGCAUUGCGAAGUCUCGGUGUCGAAUGGAGAAUGCGGGAUAUCGGGAAACAUGGUAGGUUCGGGAUCCUUCGUGUCACCUGGCAGCCAAGCCGGCGUGGAAACCGCCAACACCUCCGUGGGGUCGGAUGCCAAAUGCGAAAUACCACGCAGGAGCAGUAUUAUCAAGGAUGGCUCAAAACAGCGAAAAGAAAGAAAGAAGACUGUAUCAUUCAGCAGCAUGCCCACAGAGAAGAAAAUUAGCAGUGCAAGCGACUGCAUCAACGCAAUGGUGGAUGGCUCUGAGCUGAAGAAAGUGCGAUCCAAUUCCCGCAUCUACCACCGCUACUUUCUCCUGGAUGCCGACAUGCAGUCUUUGAGAUGGGAGCCCACCAAGAAGGAAUCCGAAAAGGCCAAAAUUGACGUAAAAUCCAUCAAGGAGGUGCGGACAGGCAAAAACACAGACACUUUCAGAACUAAUGGAACCUAUGAUCAGAUAUCAGAGGACUGUGCCUUCUCAAUCAUCUUUGGGGAGAACUACGAGUCCCUGGACUUGGUGGCAAACACUGCAGAUGUAGCCAACAUUUGGGUUACAGGGCUGAGGUACCUGAUCUCCUACGGGAAACAUACCUUGAAUAUGAUAGAAAGCAGUCAGAACAACAUGCGCUCAUCCUGGCUUGGUGAGCUUUUUGAUGAGGCAGAAGGUAGCAACAGCAAAAAAAUAACUAUAUGUGCUGCUGUGCAGCUAGUCAAGAAGUUGAACCCUGGACUUAAAAAUGUGAAAAUAGAGCUGAAGUUCAAAGAGCUUCACAAAGCCAAGGACAAAGCGGGUUCCGAUGUGACAAAGGAUGAGUUCAUUGAGGUCUUUCAUGAUCUUUGCACCAGACCAGAAAUUUAUUUUCUCUUUGUUCAGUUCUCCAGUAACAAAGAAUUUCUGGAUACCAAGGACUUAAUGAUAUUUCUGGAGGCAGAGCAGGGUAUGGCACAAGUCAGUGAGGACACCAGCUUAGAGGUCAUUCAGAAAUAUGAACCGUCCAAAGAGGGCCAGCUUAAGGGUUGGCUCUCUCUAGAUGGGUUCACCAACUACCUUAUGUCUCCAGAGUGCCAUAUAUUUGACCCUGAACAAAAAACUGUUUGCCAAGACAUGAACCAGCCCUUGUCCCACUAUUACAUCAAUGCAUCCCACAACACAUAUCUGAUAGAAGAUCAGUUCAGGGGUCCCUCUGAUGUGACGGGGUAUAUUCGUGCCCUCAAGAUGGGCUGUCGCAGUGUAGAGCUGGACGUUUGGGACGGGCCCGAUAACGAGCCUGUUGUUUACACUGGUCACACCAUGACAUCGCAGAUAGUUUUUCGCAGCGUCAUUGAUGUCGUCAACAAGUAUGCCUUCGUUGCAUCCGAGUUUCCACUGCUGCUGUGUUUAGAAAACCAUUGCUCCUUAAAGCAGCAGCGAGUCAUGUUUCAGCACCUAAAGAAGAUCCUUGGAGACAAGAUCCACAUAGAUCCACCAAAACCCGAGGACUGUUACCUCCCCUCUCCCUCAGAACUGAAGGGAAAGAUCCUGCUGAAGGGUAAGAAACUGAGCACCAACUGCACUGCUUCGGAAGGCGAGGUGACGGACGAGGACGAGGGGGCCGAAAUGUCUCAAAGGAUGAGCAUCGAGUCCGCGGAAGAACAGACUGCCGCGCCCAAAAAAUUCCAGCUGUCAAAAGACCUCUCUGAUCUGGUGACCUUGUGUAAGUCUGUGGAGUUCAAGGACUUCCCAACAUCUUUCCAGAGCCAGAGGCAAUGGGAGCUUUGCUCUUUCAAUGAGGUCUUUGCCAGUCGCUGCGCCAGCGACUUCCCAGGUGACUUCGUUAACUACAACAAGAAGUACCUUGCGCGAGUGUACCCUAGCCCCAUGCGGAUCGACUCCAGCAACAUGAAUCCACAAGACUUCUGGAAGUGCGGUUGCCAGAUCGUGGCAAUGAACUACCAGACUCCUGGCCUGAUGAUGGAUCUAAACAUCGGCUGGUUCCGUCAGAACGGGAACUGCGGCUACGUGCUGCGUCCCGCCAUCAUGAGGGAGCACGUGUCAUAUUUUAGUGCAAACACUAAAGACUCGGUGCCUGGUGUCUCUCCACAGCUCUUACACAUCAAGAUCAUCAGUGGACAAAACUUCCCUAAACCCAAAGGCUCAGGUGCCAAAGGAGAUGUGGUGGACCCCUAUGUGUACGUGGAAAUACACGGCAUUCCCGCCGACUGCGCUGAACAAAGGACUAAAACGGUCAACCAGAACGGGGACAACCCUCUGUUUGACGAGAGCUUUGAGUUUCAGAUAAAUCUCCCCGAGCUUGCAAUGGUGCGCUUUGUGGUGCUAGACGAUGACUACAUUGGUGAUGAAUUCAUCGGCCAAUAUACCAUCCCCUUUGAGUGUCUCCAGCCAGGUUUUCGACAUGUGCCGCUACAAUCGCUGACGGGGGAGGUUCUGCCGCAUACCUUGUUGUUUGUUCAUGUGGCCAUAACCAACCGAAGAGGAGGUGGCAAACCACACAAAAGGGGACUAUCUGUACGAAAGGGCAAGAGGAGUAGAGAGUAUGCCAGCAUGAGAGUACUACUGAUCAAGGCUGUGGAUGAUGUCUUCAAAACAGCCAUGCUGCCACUGAGGGAGGCAACAGAUCUCAGAGAAAACAUGCAGAAUGCCAUUGUGUCCUUUAAAGAGCUGUGCGGCCUUUCAGCAGUUGCUAACCUGAAGCAGUGCAUCUUGGCUCUCGCCCCUCGACUGACUGGACCCGACAACAACCCCCUUCUGGUGUUCAACCUCGCCGACCAGUUCCCGAACCUGGAGCCCCAGGGCCUCCUACCAGAGGUCCUCAAGAAAGUCGUCACCACCUAUGACAUGGUAAUCCAGACCAGCAAGACUCUGCUGGAGAACUCUGAAGGGUUGCAUGAGAGAAUUCUACAAACCCAAAAAUCAGCGAUGGAGUUUCACGAGAACCUCCAUGACUUGGCCGUGAAGGAGGGGUUGAAGGGCAGGAAGCUGCACAAGGCGGUGGAGAGCUUCACCUGGAACAUCACCAUACUGAAGGGUCAGGCAGACCUGCUGAAACACGCCAUGAGUGAAGUCCAGGAGAACCUGAGGCAGAUCCACUACGCUGCUCUCACCAGUAACCUGAGUAAAGGCGGACCGGCGGGCUCCUCCUCCGGCUCCGAGUCAAAGAGCAAACGCGGCCUCGAGGCCAUUCCUGAGAAGGCCAAGGCCGAGGAGGAGCUCACCGACAAGGACAACUAAAGACCCACAGUCCCGCUCCGGUGCUCUCCUGGACCUCUAUACAUCCAGACCUCUACUCUGUUCCUGCCUCCUGAGCUCAAAAACCCCCCAAAAGCUCUUUCUCUCUCUGCUUUACCACUCUCUGGCAUCAUCGCUCUGCACACACAGUGUUUUUCCACAUUCCAUCGUGUACAUUCCUGUAUCCCCAAGCACAGCUGUAACCUUUCAGACUUCUGCCUUGUAAUCAUCAAUAAAAAUGCCACAACUUCACCAGGACACACAUCCUGCCUGAGUUCAGAUAACAAAGAGUUUAAGGCAUUAUUUCAAAGUCUUAAAAUGUUUAGGAGCUGUACUGAAGCUGGGGAAGUAUAAAAAACAUUUGCCACACAUCUGAUGAUGCCAUAAACACAUACCAAACCUUUAUCAAAGUGCCAGACAUAAAUCCAAACUUCCCCCAGCAUAGAACUCCUGAACCUCUUCAUCUAGAAGUCCCAAAACAUGAGUUUGCAGCCCUCCCUUCAAUCCUCUCACCCCGUCUUAUUUUCUGGGUGAGCUGGGAGAGCCGGGUGAACUACCAGCCACGUGAUCAUUCAAGACAUUGACCUUACUGUUCAGAGACAGUGCACUUCUACUCAGUGGAACCGGGGUGAGAAAAAAAAAAAAAAAAAAGAGCCCUUGGAUUAUUGUAAGAGAUUUCCUAAAAGCACAAUUUUUUGGAGUUAUGAAUGUAACGAGACAAGAGAGCGCGAAAGAAGUAAAGGAAGAGAAAAAAAGAAGAGUGGACAAAAUGUCAUGAAUGAGAGUAAAGAGCUGUUUACAAUACUGAACUCGUCCAUGUUCUUGUCUGCCAAAAUAGUAUCCUAUGUGUAUAUAUGGAGUUUCCUGUUACAUUUUUUUCUGCAGAGUGCAUCAUUUUAUUAUUGUAUACUUGGAAAUAUAAGAUUUUAUUUUAUAAAAGAUAUAUGAACGUGUCUGUGAAAAAAAAAACAAGUUUUAUUUGUCUGUAGAUAUCGAGGGUUGUCACUUGAAAAAAAAAAAAAGUGACCUCAGAGUUCUCCAGGCGGAGAGCUUCAAAUGUCGAGACAGAGGGACUAAUAAUAGAAUGUAUUCAUACCGUUUGUGGUGCAAACAACAGAAAAGUCUCAACAACCACAACCAGCAACUGCAUGAGAUUUCUAACCACGACUGGGCGUUGAUAACAUGCACUCAAAAACAGCUUCAACGUUGACACAUUUUCAUAUUUCAGAUAUGUUCGGUCUUUCUUUUUUGGGGCAUGAUUACUCCCAUUUUUUUUUAUUUUCUUUAGCAAAAUCCACUUUUAUGCUCUGAAUGUUCUACAAAUGUAAAAAGUUAUUUUAAAGUUUUAGAAGUCUGCAACCCAUAAAAGGUUCCAGAUUUGAGAUUUUUUUUUUCAGGUGUGCUCUCAACCAAUUCCACUGUUAUUUAAAACAACCCCAAUGAGAAAUCAACCUUGGUUGGUUGAAAAACUCAUCCCCUUCCUUUGGUUCAGUUAUUUUACUGAGCAGCCUGAUUGAAUACGUCUCACGGGGAACCGAUGUGAUGUGUCUGGAUUGCAGACUUUGAAUGGGAGGUCAUGUUCUAAAAAACGAAGACUGGUUUCACUUUAAUCGAGCAGUUUAAGCUAUCGAUCUUUUAGCGAUGGGCUUCCCUGUCCAGUACUUGUGGAACUUGCUGUUAGUUACUGUUUUGAGAUUUGGUCUGGAGGAAGCACUGUGCAGUGGAUUUCCUGUCUGACAAAUUAAACUAGUCCCGAAUGCUUUCAUAACCCUUGGUAAGAAUUUAAACUCAGGUCUGUUGAGAAGGACAUGAACUUCAGAGUAAUAAUAACUUCAUAACCAUUUAUGUAGACAAAGUAGUAUCUGAUCCAAAGUUACCCUGUGAUUUAAUUGUACCACGUUACUGUUAAGUGAACAUACUGCAUCAGUUUUUGCCUUUUCCCCAGAUGUUACUUCAAUAGUGCUCAAGUUUGCUAUUCAUGUAACAGUCCAGAUGUUUGUGUCUUUUUCUUUGAAAUCUCAUAAGAAAGUGAUGCUUACAAUAAGUUAAACUUUUUACUGACUGAACAGAGGGUGCUUUAAAGUCUGUUUAUGACAUGUUGGCCAUCUUGACAUGAUCCACACUGAGUUGCCGGUUUAUUAAGUACACCUAGCUGAACUAAAUCCAGUCUAAGACAAAAGCUUUGAAAUAAAUGCUACCUUCAGGAAGGUCGUAAUGUUUAGUUUAUCUCAAUAACUGCUUUGAGGAGAAGGCGAUUCAAUUGUACUUUAAUUUUGCUGUUGUUUUCAUUAUACUUUUUCCCAUUUAUAUCUAUGAUUAAAUGUAGCACUUUUCAUCAUAACCCAAUAUAUGUCAGCAGCAGCACAAAAUAAAGCCUCCAAAUUGACCAUUAAUGUCCAUCAAUUGUAAAACUGUUGAAUAUAUUAGUUUAUCUGGUGGUACCUAAUAAACUGGCUUUUUAGGCUAUAUGGGCUUGAAAAAAGUAGGGCUCAAAGAUUUAAAAAAAUUAUACCAAACUGCCAUUUUUAGGAUUUAAAUUGCAUUUUUUCAUGCUUCACGUAGUAUUGAUGAAUUGACAACCAAUCGAGUUAGCGUUGUGUGAAUGUUAGCCACUGUGCACUGCAGCUGCCUGGACUAAUGUCUACUCGUUUUUAAAGGUGAAAAGCUUAUCAGCAAUAAUCUAAUGUGUUAUCACGUACGGUUCCAUCUUGAAAAUUGAAAAAAGAUUCAGCUCUAUACAGAAUCUAUAAAACCCCCAUGGUGUAUGUAUAGAUACUCAGUUAUGACUUACUUAAAUCUGUAAACAUUAGCCUUUGAAAAUCAUUUGGCGUAACUGUGGCCAAGUCUUUCUUCUAACGAGAACUGGGCGAUGAAUCAAUGCUAUCAAUUCAUUUGAAUUCAACGAAUUUAAAGGAUGAGGUUUCAAUAUGAAAACCGAGUUUUCACUUUAACUGCCACAGAUUCCCUAUUAUUUUGCAAACGUGAGGACUUUGUUCCCUCCUCAGCAAACUCACGUAAAACGCUGUAAAAUUUGUCUUUGGCAAAUCAAACAGAAGCACGCUGCCGAGUUGGAGAAGUGUUUGGCGCUACGAGGCGGCGACAGCCCUACAACACACGGGCUUAGAAGCAGGCAACAUUAGCGGGAUCAGUUUCUCAUAGCAUCCCCACAGACCCCCUGCUGGUUCCCUGUCAGAGGCAGCACGGUUUGUCCACGUUGCAGCCGCUGUCGUAGGAGAUGUGAAUGGAAACAUUUAGAGAAAGCUAACGCACAUUAGCUGUAAUCUGGCCAAGAAAUACCACCCCAUCAGAGCAUUAAUUUAGUGUUAGUGUGUCUGUUUGUUGUUGUUAAAUCUUGUUCACAAAAGUGUUUUUUCUUCAGGGAUACAAUACUUUUUUUUUUUUAAGUGGCAUCUUUUAUUUAUUAUAAAGUUUGGUGAUUCUCUUUUCUUCUGUUAGCCUAGUUUGCUUUUAAGAAAAAAUAAUCAAUUUAAAUCGUAAAUUGGAUGUGAAUAAACAAGAUUACAUUUUUUAUGCCAUAUAGCCCGGCCCUACCUAAUUAUUUCCAUGGAUUUUUAGGCUCCAUGUGCUUUACAUAACUUCAGUCAAAAGACUGAUCACCAGCAGAAUUGACUUGAAUUCACCUACAAAUUUCCAAAGCAUACAGCAAUUGUUAUUCUCUUGACACAAACGAGCAUUUGGACUGUUAAAUGAUGCCUAAGCAUUUUUUUUUUUUCAAGUGUUCAUCUGCAGCUCUUCUGUUUUACCCCCCCUCAGUGUUCACCAUGUUCGAUUUUAACACGACAAAACGGAAAAAGAUGUUGUCUCUGAAUUUCAGUGCUGUGCCAGUCGGCGUAUUUCUAAUUGUUGUAGAAAGGUCGAGAAAAAAAAAAAAAAAAGAGAAGCAUUUCACAUGUACUUCAGUCUCAUGUCAUCUGUCAAGUCCAAA